AUGGAUGAAGACCUCGUCCGGUGGGUCGCAAGGCAGACUGCUGGCAUGGCUGCCGGCCUUGCUAGGAUCCAUGAAUAUCCAGGAAAGGUCGACGGAAACACAGAGAAUGCUGUGAAGUACGGUCGCCAUGGUGAUAUAAAGCCAGAUAAUAUUCUUUGGUUUCGAAGCUCGAUGGGUGAUCCGGGAAGGCUCGUGAUAUCGGACUUUGGAUUGGGUGUUUUCAACAGCAAGAGGAGCAGGUCUAAUAUUCCCAACAACUCUGGUAUAGGGCGAACGCCUACUUAUCGCCCACCAGAAUGCGACAUUGAGGGUGCUAUGAUCUCACGAUCAUGGGACAUUUGGACUCUGGGCUGCGUCUAUGUUGAGUUCGUUACGUGGCUGUUGGGGGGAUGGGACCUGUCGGAAGAUUUUGCCGAAUACCGAAUGACGAGAUCAUCGAUCUGGGGCCAGGAGUUCAAGUCCGAUAUUUACUUCGACAUCGUACAAGUUGUGCGUGUUGCAUCCGAUGACAACACCUCCUUAAGAAGCAUGGGUGCCAUGGUUAAACCAAGGGUUACCCGGAAUCCUGAACUGAUGAAUAUCAGUGGUUUGACGGGCUUCACAAUCAUCGAGACUGUACUCAGUACACCCAUGAUCUUCUAA